AACCUUUUGACUUGGCAAAUCAUUUGAUUUACUUCAAAACGCAACAGCCUCUCUUAAAAUGAAUGCUGAACUACAUCAAGUCCAGAAAGUGUGGGAGCGUAUCCGCACUAACAGUCCAAUUUAUGCUUUUCUCCUUCAGGACAUUGACAUUUAUGAUGCCGGCAAAGGUGUAUUUAAUGCGCGACUGCAAGUCGCCCCUCAUCAUCUGAAUUCAAAGGGUACCUUGCAUGGCGUGUUCUCAGCCUGUGUCACUGACUGGGCGGGUGGAUUGGCGAUCGCAUCGUCCGGUCUCGACUCAACGGGUGUCAGCACCAAUAUUCAGGUCAACUAUCUCUCAACAGCAAAAACAGGAGACUGGCUAGUAAUCGAAGGUCGCGCUGACAAAGUUGGGCGGAACCUUGCUUUCACAACUGUGACAAUAUCGAAGCAGACUGACUCUAAUGGGAGUACGAUUGUUGCACAGGGGUCUCAUACCAAAUAUAUUAAGGCUCAAUAACGGUUUGGACAGUUUUAUGAACAAGUAACGAUUGGGCUAGCCGGGAGAAAAACACAGUGGUUUAUGUAGACUUUCAUACAAGCGCCGCAGUCUUCUUUGCAUCUGGCAUGAAACGCAUAUACUUUGAAUGCUGGAUUCACUCGGAUUGCGCAUAGCAAUUUCCAUCCUUAUUUGCUUUAGAUACCUUGCCUUUCAACUGGUAGCGCAAGGUAAUAUUGGAUGGAUACACGGCACCAUAUAAAUGAAUAACUCUUUCGCGAUUUCAACUACACGUAGGA